GCCCCUCCCCCCUCCCCCCGGGGCCCGGCGGCUUCCGGACCUUUCCGACCGCGGACAGAGCGGUGGGAGCGUUCUCGCUCCCGGCGGGCGGGCGGCCGGGCCGGGCCGGGCGGAGCGGACCGUUGCGGCCGCUCCGGGCGCCGCGGGUGCCGGAGCGCGGACCUUCUGGGUCCCGGCUGAGCGCGCCCCGGGCGCCCGGCGGUGCCCGCUCACUCCGGGGCAGGGCAGGCAGACCUCGGCGGAGCCCGGAGCCGGCCGAUCUGGACUGGACAGAGCGAAUCCCGGACUGUGCAGAGCCCGGGGGAUGCCGGGCGUGGGCUGAGGGGAUCCCGGCGCCCUCCGAUCCCUCCGACUUUGGCUCACGCGCUGGGACCGGCCCGGCGUCGCCUUGGUCGCCCUGCGCCCGGGUCACCUGUGGCCUCGGAGCCCCAAGCCCACCGGACCCUCGCUCGGUCCCGACCCGGAGCCCGGCGGGGGUUGGGGGAGAUUUUUCCUGCCCCCUCCCUUGGAGCUCGGAGGCCCCGCCCCCUCCCACCGUCCAGAUGUCUCCCGUGGCGGCUCUGAGGACCUCCCUGAGGCCAGGGGCCGAAGGGUCCAGAGAGAGAAGCCCGCCCUAGGGAGCCUUUGGGGGGGGCCCCCCAACCUCCUCCUGGGGCUUGGCCCCCGACGCUGCUUGGAAGGAAGGCCGGUGCUCCCACCCUUGGGGGCUGCCCUUCUCCUCCGACCAGCUCCCUUUCCAGAGCUGCCCACAUCUGGAGCCCCCUCCACAUCUGGAAGACCCCAGCCACCGUCCCUCUGCAGGUGUCAGUUGCCUCAGGAGACCUCUGGCUUUGCAACUGCCUAGGAGUUGUGAGGGAUGACUGCUGCCUUCCCCCAUCCCAAGGGCAUCUCCUACCCUUAGUCCCUGCAGAGUCAUCCCCCUGCCUCUGUGUCCAGGCUCAGCCAGAGAUCAGCUCAGCACACGUUCAGGCACUUCAAGUCCUGGAGGCCACUCCUGAGACCCGAGGCCCCUCCCCCUGCUCUCCUGUGUCCUCACCUUGACCCCCUCUGUCAGACUCUGUCUUCCUCUGGGUGUCCCAUUCCCCACCCAGAGGCAGAGGAGGCGGGGUGGCAGGGGGCAGGGGCUGGGUGAGGGCCACCCAGGGCCAGGGUGGGCUGGGGGGCCGUUAAGAUGUGGAGCUCUGCCUGGCCGAGGGGGGCUCCGUGGAGGCAGACGCAGCGUGUGCCCGGCUGGGGGGAGUAUGGGCAGGCCCGCAGCCACGUGGUAAAGGAUGAACAUUCGGGGCACCCCGGACCUCGGGCAGCCCAGUGACGACCCCAGCAGUGGUGGCCAGCGGGAGCGGAUUCGACAGCGAAUGAAGAUGGUCAUCGGGCAGCUUGAGGGCAUCCUGCAGGAGCUCAAGGAGGUGGCCAAGGAGCUAAGGGAGGUGGUGAGCCAGAUCGAUAAGCUAACCUCAGACUUCGACUUUGAACUGGAGCCAGACGACUGGACCACGGCCACUGUGAGCAGCACCUCCAGUAGUGACAAGGCGGGCGUGGGCGGCCCCUUCGACCUGGGUCACCUAGACUUCAUGACAGCUGACAUCCUUUCGGACAGCUGGGAGUUCUGCUCCUUCCUGGAUGUAUCUACCCCCUCGGACUCCGUGGACGGCCCAGAGUCGACCCGGCCAGGGGCUGGCCCCGACUACCGGCUCAUGAAUGGUGGCGUGCCCAUCCCCAAUGGGCCACGAGUGGAGACCCCGGACUCCUCCAGUGAGGAGGCCUUCAGCGCUGGCCCCACAAAGGGCCAGCUGCCCCAGCGGACCCCAGGCACACGGGAGAGGGUGCGGUUCAGCGACAAAGUACUCUACCACGCUCUGUGCUGUGACGAUGAGGAAGGGGACGGUGAGGAGGAGGUGGCAGAGGAGGAGGUGGGCCUGUCCCCAGAGCCUCCCCGUACAGAGGCCCACGUGGGCCCCCUCAAGCCCUCCCCGGCUCCCUACAAGCCAAGACGCUCUCCAGUGACCAGCCGCCGCUCAGGCCCCACCUUGGCCCCUGAGCAGACCCGAAGGGUCACAAGGAACAGCAGCACCCAAACAGUGUCAGACAAAAGCACGCAGACGUUGCUGCCCUACACGGCUGCCAGACAGAAAGCCAAGGGGAAAAACUAGGGGCUGGGGAGG